CCUCUCUUUGAGACACUCUCUCUCUCUCUCUCUCUCUCAUUCCCCCUCUCUCUCUCUUUCUCUCUCUCUCUCUCAGUCUUGUCUUGUUUUGUUAGCUUUAUCGUCAGGUCUCAUAACCCCCUCCCCCCUACCCUUACCCUUUCCUUCUCCACCUUUCCAAAACAAAAAGAGAGAGAGAGAGAGGGAGAGCAUUAGGAAACACCAAUCUUCUGUCCACGUCUUGUAUUUUUAAAGGCCUAGGAAGAUGGAAAGAAUGAGUGAAGAUCCUCUAAGACUAAAUGUGAUGAAGCGUGGUCUGGAGCAACAACAGGAUGAGAGGGAAGAAGCAAUUGCUAAACGAUUGAAAAUGGAGGGUCAUGAAGCAAUGGAGCGCCUGAAGAUGCUAGCCCUUCUCAAACGCAAGGACUUGGCCUCUAAUGAAGGAGCUGGUGUUCCAGACCUGUCUUCCACCAAGGGUAUAGGUGGUGGAGGUGGUUUUGAAGAGAAACUCAAUGGCAGUUUGAGGGCUCAUACAGAUUCCAGAUUAAUCAGCAAGACUGGGAAAGAAAAUAUCGGGGAUGAGCCAGUGGAUAUGAGUGCACGACGAAGUGAAACAGACAGAGAGCGUCGGACACCAUCACCAGACAUUAUUGUGCUGUCAGACAAUGAGGCUUCAAGUCCACGAUCCAAUUCACGUAUGGAGGAAAGGCUUAAGGCUGCAAAUCUUGAAAUGUUUAAGGGCAAGAGUGCAGAUGAAAGACAGCAGAUGAUCAAACAGCUACGAGAUGAACUUCGACUAGAAGAGGCUAGGUUGGUCUUGCUUAAGAAACUGCGACAGAGCCAGAUCCAGAAAGAGAAUGUCAUGCAGAAGAUGCCUGUUGUCCAGAAUGUUGCAUCAGUUGUCCAGCCACCUCCUGUGCACAGUACACAACAAAGCUUGUCAAAGAUGGCAGUGCGACCAGGCAUUCAUGCCCCAGAGCCACAGAAUCUAAGGACUGUACAGAGUCAUACAGUCAUACGAUCAGCUACCAGUACUCCUCUUCCACAAAUGAUGAUGUCACAACGAGUGAUUGCACCAAACCCUGCCCAGUUACAAGGACAGAGGAUUCCUCCAAAACCAGGUCUUGUUCGAUCAGCAGCCAGCAGCCUCAACACAGCAGUCACCUACCAACAACCCUCAAGUCAACAAGUUGCAGCAUCUCAGCGGUCUGGAUCAUCAGCUAUCUACAUGAACCUUGCGCACAUCCAGGCUGGUACAGUUGGCACUGCAAGCUCCUCUCCUCUGCCUAGUCCUAGUGCUAACCUUCCAGAUCCAGUAAAUAGCCAAGCAGCUGCAAAACUGGCACUCCGCAAGCAGUUGGAGAAGACACUCUUAGAAAUUCCACCUCCAAAGCCCCCUGCCCCACUUUUACACUUCUUGCCAUCUGCUGCCAACAGUGAAUUUAUAUAUAUGGUGGGUCUUGAGGAAGUGGUGCAAAGUGUCAUCGACAGUCAGGCAGGUAAACUGAGAAAUGUACUUUCUCGUAUGGAGCCAUUUAUGUGUGCACAAUGCAAAACAGACUUCACGCCUCACUGGAAACAGGAGAAGAGUGGGAGAAUCUUGUGUGAGCAAUGUAUGACCUCUAAUCAGAAGAAAGCACUUAAAGCUGAGCAUACCAAUAGGCUGAAGAAUGCCUUUGUGAAGGCACUGCAACAAGAACAGGAGAUUGAACAGCGGUUACAACAGCAUGCCACUUUGUCACCAAGCUCUGCCCCAACAGUAUCCAGUGUUAGCAAAACCGAGACUCUUCUUAGACACCAUACAUUGCGACAGGCUCCACAGCCUCAGGCCUCCAUGCAAAGAGGGCUUUCAGGCUCAGCCCGGGGCGUGCUUUCCAACUUUGCCCAGGCGUCGCAGCUCUCGGUGGCGGGCAGUUUGCUCGGCAUGCCAGGUAAGCGUGCGCUGAUGAGCGGAGCCUAUGAAGAGGGACGACGACAGCUGUAUAACUUCCAAGGUGUGAACAUUGCAUACCUUAAUGCUGCUGGAGUUGGAAGUCACAAAGCAUCAAGUCUAGCUGACCGCCAGCGGGAGUAUCUGCUGGACAUGAUCCCACCACGAUCCAUAUCUCAGUCAAUUAGUGGUCAGAAAUAAAGCUAAAAUCAGCCCAUCACACGCACAAAACCCUGUCUAGUCCUGUCCCUCUCUUUCCUCCUUGCCGUCGCAUGCAGUGCCUGUCAAUGUGCCUAACAAAGUGGUAAAAAGAAUAAAAACAGCGCAGACCUGUCAAUGCAAGAUAAUAGUCCAUUCUUAUUAUUAUUAUUACUGUCAUCAUCCUAAUUCUUUUUCAUUUUUUCUUGAUUUCUGAAUGGCUUUAAUGAGGGGAAGUAGAAUCAUGCUUGAAUACUGAUCUAAAGCCAGAAAAUUUAUUGUAAAUAAGGAGUAGAUACCUUGUGAUUUUGCAGUGAUUUGUCUUUUUAAAAAAA